AUGGGCUCUAAGUACCAAAAGUCUGUGCGGGUCUGGUUGCCCCCAUUGGCCUUAACGCUGGAGGUGAUUUUCAUUGUCAUCUUCUUCUUUUUCACCUCCUAUCCAGCUGCAGUAGAUGAACCGAAGAAGCUCUUGAGGACCUACCGAGCCUUCCAGGAUGUGUUCAUCAUGGCCACCCUUGGCUUCGGCUUCCUCAAUACUUCUUUGCGGAGACAUUGCUGGAGCAGCGUAGCCUUCAAUCUCUUCCUGCUGGCCCUUGGGGUGCAGCUAGCAGUCCUGCUGGAUGGCUUACUGAUCCAACUCUCCCUUAGAAAGAUGACCAUCAAUAUGUCCAGUAUUCAGAAAGCCACCAUGAGCGCUACAUCUGUGCUGAUCUCCGCGGGUGUCGUCCUGGGGAAGGUCAACCUGCUGCAGCUGGUAUUUAUGACGCUGAUAGAGGUGACAGCCUUCAGUGCCACGAGGCUGGUCGGCAUGAAUUACCUCAGUAUGGAGGAACAUGUAAGCAUGAUGUACAUCCACAUGUUUGCGGCCUAUUUUGGGCUGACUGUGGUCUGCUGCCUCCAGAAGCCUCUGCCCAGUGCAUCAGAGGACAAAGAUCAGACAGCAACGAGCCCCAGUUUGUUCACCAUGCUGGGCACCCUCUUCUUGUGGAUAUUCUGGCCGAGUUUCAAUUCUGCUCUGCUGGAAGGUGCAGACGAAAGAAAGAAGGCCGUGUUAAACACCUACUACGCCCUGGCAGUUAGCAUGGUGACCGCCAUCUUAAUGUCAUCCUUGGCUCACCCUCAAGGGAAGAUCAAUAUGACUCACAUCCACAAUGCAGUGCUGGCAGGAGGUGUGGUUGUGGGCGCCCCUUCUCACCUGAUCCAUUCUCCUUGGCUUGCCAUGGUGCUGGGAUUUGUGGCUGGGGUGAUCUCCAUCGGGGGAGUCAAAUACGUGCAGGCGUGUCUUCAGCGAACGGUGCAACUCCAUGACACCUACGGCGUGCACUACACCUUUGGCUUGCCGGGUCUGCUCGGAGGGAUCGUCAACAUUGUGUUGAUGGAGCUUCUUGAGGAAACUACUAAGCCCACGCUCGACUACCAGGGACUCAUCAACCUCGGGGCGCUGGGCUUCACCAUCGUCAUGAGUGUGAUCUCUGGUCUCUUGACAGGCUUGCUCUUAAACCUCAACAUAUGGAAAUCAACUCACAAGAGUCACUAUUUUGACGACCAAUCUUUCUGGAAGUUUCCACGUUUGGCUGUUGGAUAUUAAGGGAAAGCAUCCAAGAGAAACAAGGCCUGUUUGAAAACAAGACAACUUUUCACCAUUGCCCAUUUGUGUGUGUGCGUGUGUGUGUGUGUG